GGGCUCCAUUUCUCCAGAGGACGGGGACGGCCAGCGCCGGUGAUGGAGGCGGUGAACCGCGCUCUUGGGACAUUCCCCACCGCCUUGGCCGGAGGCUUGGGGCUCGGUAUCUGUGCUACCGGAGCUGCCAUCUACCGGGUGGCUACCAGGAAAAAGCCAACACAUGUGAAAGUGAAUUGCUGGUUCUGCAGCCAGGAUACAACCGUACCUUAUGGGAACAGAAACUGCUGGGAUUGUCCAAACUGCGAGCAAUACAAUGGUUUUCAAGAGAAUGGAGACUACAAUAAGCCAAUUCCCGCUCAAUACAUGGAACAUCUGAAUCACAUGGUCACCAGCUGGGCAACACCCUCUCAAGCUUCCAAAAUUCAGCAAUGGCCAAAUGGGCAAAUUCUGUUCUGCAAGAAAUGCAACAAUAACCAGCCCCUGAAGAUCAAGCAGUUGGCAUCUUUUGUUCCCAGGGAUGAGGAUAAAUAUGAAGAAGAAAUUGAGGUAUAUAAACACCAUCUUGAACAGACCUACAAGUUAUGCCGUCCCUGUCAGACAGCAGUGGAGUAUUAUAUCAAACACCAAGACCGACAGAUUCGGGCAAUUCUAUUUGACCAUCAACUUCGUCGACGAGAAGCAGAUAAAACCUUUGUGCAGAGUUCUCAUUAUUCCAGCCUUUCCACUCCACUGAAAGUGUUACUCCUUCGUUUUGUGGCCUUUGUUAGUUGCGCUGUGCUGGUUGCCAUGGCAGUAUAUGGAUCAGGUGAUUCAUUUAUGGGCCAGAAACCACCUGCUGAAAUGCAUGUGGUUAAUCCAAUGUCACAUCUAUCCAAUAGCAGCAACAAAGCUAUUUCAGCAUCUGAGCCUGUUGAGAAUGUCACUCGCUGGGAACAACUGCAAGAUGUGCUGCCAGAGGAAAUGCUAAUUAACCUGCAAGCAAUGUGGGAGUAUGGGAAAAACCACCAAAUGGCCGUUGUUACCACUGGUCUGUUCACUUGCUUAUUGGCUGUACUUCUGGCUGGACGAAUAAGGCUUCGGAGGAUUGAUGCACUGGCUUCUCUACUGUGGCUUGCAGUGAUGGGCUUGCAUUUGAUGGAGAAUUAUCUCAAGACCGAUGUUCCUGGUUGGCUUGACACUCUGAAAUUCAGCACCACGUCCUUGUGUUGUUUGGUGGGAUUCACUGCAACCAUCGCUACUCGGAAGUCAACUGGCCAGCGGCGAUACAGGGCACGAAGGUCAGAGUCUGAACAAUGAACAGUGGCAGAAAUGAACUCUUGUGUGAAUGAAUCUGUCCUUAUUUAUCCAGUGGAGUGCUGUUUCCUAUCUCGCUUUUCCAUCAUUUGAUUGUCUCCUAAGGAUGUUAAAGAUGCAGCAGCAUUUUUUUGUCGACCUAUGGAUGUGAGCUUGACAUUAUAAUCUUAUGAAAAUCAAACCUACACAACGACAUACUCUUUCCUCCAUCUGUUAGGUUAGUGGGUAUUUAAAACAAAAAUAAUCCAAUUCACCACUUAUUCAAACUUAAUAAAUUAGCUGGAAAUGCUUGGAAUUUCUAGACCAAGUGACAAGACUACAAUUUAUUUUAAAUGGGAAUAAAUCUCCGAUGGUAUUGGUCAAUACAUCAUAGGGCAAUGUGAAGCUAUAGUGCCUCUUAGUGGUGGUGGCCUGCAGCUACAGUAUCAUUGCAAACAUUCACUUAGGGAAUUCCCAUAAUAGCUGGUUACAUAUGCAUUACAGUCAUGAAGGUCAAUGUAAGAUGUGUGCCUAAACAUCAUGACAAGAGGAAAUUAAUGCAUAAACUAAUUACGGUAAUGAAAUUAAAUAAUAUCUUUUAGGGAUAAUUCUGAACGUUGUUUGGAUUAUUUUUAAAUUAUGCAUCCAAUACACAACUUAAAUUUAUUGUGCUCAAUGAUUAGUAAACUAGCGCAUCAGCCAUUUAAAUGCAAUCUGCCUUUGUUCUUUUUAUAGAAUAUUGUACUAUUGUGGGAAAAGAAACUUAGCUCUGUUGUGUUCUCUCCCAUUCAGAAACGAGCGACUAAUGAUGGGCCUCCUUUUUAAAAGGCUAAGAACACUGCAGACCUCAGUGUUGUCUUGUAUUCAAAGAGCAUCAAUAUUCUUGAUUUAUACUCGUAACUUCAAUGAUACUGUUAUGCUUGAUUCUUUAGUUUUGUGAUUCUACCCUUUGCUCACCCUACUUCUAAUCCAGUAUCUUUCUUGACUGACAUAAUUCUGACAAGGAAGAGCAAGACAUUGGGAAUGAUUGGAUAACUCAAUCAAAUAGCUGGCAUAUGCACAAAGCCCGUGCUUUGUAGUGUCCAAUCUUCCAUAUAAUUCAGACGCUGAAUUAAAACACUUUCUCCCCCAGCCCUUCAAAAAAAAGCUGUUGCAAGAUAGCAAUGUGAAAAAGAUUGAAUAUAGAAAGAGAAAAUGAAUGUUUGAUUUUCUUUAAAAGGUGCAAGCAGUCCAUUCUAGGUCCAAAAAAAAUUACUGUUUCUUUAAAAAAAAAGCUUUGCAUUCCUGGCUUCAGACUAGUGAGUGGGUGAUAUGAUGGCUUUGUUUUAACAUGUUUUGGAUCACAAAAAAAUCUAGGUGAUUUUUACUUCGAUUUGAUUCGUCUUCAUUCAUUUGCAGUAUAAUCAAAGUUAAUAAUUGUCUUUUUUUAAAGCACAGAAUUGAGAAUUUUCCAGUAAAUUUAGCUGAAAACAGUUUAAUGUUUAUGAAGUAGUAGUAUUAGUGUCACAUUAAGACUGUCAGUUCACCCAUUACUAGCUCCAAGUUCUUCUGUGUAUAUCUGCUGGCGAUCCUUUCAUAAGAAACAGCAGUUUCCUUAACUGUUUUGAAUGCUGAAUAACAUGCUAAUAGUUCAAAUCUAGCAGUACUGGGAAUGCUAUUGAAUCAAUCAAAAGAUAUUUAAUGCACGAACAAUCCAAUGGAUUUAAUUUGUUCACACCUAAUUUUAAAAUUGUAUAAAUGCCACAUUCAAAUCUUUAAAAAUCAGCAGGUGAUUUGUCUUUACGGUAAUGUGUAAUUGAAUUUUUUUUAGUUUGUGAGGUGUGGGUAUUGUUAAGAGGCCAAUAUUAUUGCCUAUCCUUCCAUACCCUCUUUCAGGCACUGCAGUCUAGACAUAAAGCUAUAGUAUUAGUGUUGGGAGAUGAUUCCAGGCUUUUAAAGGAAUAAUGAUAUAAUUCCAAGUGAAAAUGCUUUGUGAGGGGAACGAGAUUAAACUGAUGAGUGAAAUUCAGCAUUAGAUGCAUUAAAAGUAAUGUGCAUAAUCUUUUUAUUUAUAAAGUUAAUUUUUAUGAAGCAUAAAUUAAUAACCGUCCUUUAUCAUAUUGACCUUAAAUUUACAUACUAAAGUUUAUUAUUAACUGUAAAAUAUAUGGGUUUCUUUGCAGCCUUUUCAAUUUAAAUUUGCAUUUAUUUCUUUAUAUUGAAUUAUUGUCCUGUUUAUUUCAAAAGCCUCAGUAUUCAAAAGGGUACAUUUGUCUUUUUCACCUUACAUUCUGUUACUUUUUAUGCAUAGUAGUCAUUCUAGAUUGUUGUGAAAUUUGCUUAAAUUCAAGCAGCCUUUCAUUUUCUUUUGCUUCAAACCACCUUCUAUUGCCUUGUGUUUUGCCUUCUGUUUUUCUUACAUUGAAAAGUAUCUUUGUAUUGGUUUAAUUGGGUCCAUUAAUGUCUGUUGUCAAGUAGCUCUAGCUGUAAUGUGCAUGGUGAAAGUGAAGCUUUCAGGUUUAUAUGUAGUGGGUUCUUUUUAAUAAAUUGCAUAUCCAAUUAUUGAACAUA